AUGAACUCCGGGUCGGGAUACCUCAGACGGAGUCAGUCCGGUGCUCGGCGAAGGAUCUGCAAGGUCAAGGGACCUGAGUGGUGAGUUGAGAAUACGAGUUUAUAGAUGGGGGUAACUCGCUAGCACAAUAUAAAAAUUAUUUACUUUUACUCUAACGAGGGAAUGGUCUGAACUUCCCCCAGCGUUUGGGAAAAUGACUAGUACAGGUGGAUAGAGCAUGUCAACUUUGGUAAAAAGAGCCAUUUUCCAGCUGCGGAAUAAGCCCGGCCGACGAGUAAAAUCGACCGAAAGUUCCACAAAAACUUCCUCUUUCUCUUCCCUCGGAAAAGAAGAGCGGUGUUCAGUGAUUCGGUUAGCCGAGUGGAUAAAGCAUCCGCUCGAUAUUCUUUUGGGGGUUGGUUCGAUUCCGGGGUCUCGCGAAGGACCGUGAUAAGGCUUUGAUGAGCAAGAUCAAACUUUAAAAACCCAAAAAAAUAUUUUGCCAUUUUUAUACGUUUUAUAGGGGAAUUAUAACAAAAAAAUAAUUGUCAAAAAAGGAAUUUUUUGGGUGCUUCCGAACCUUCAAAGCGAUGGAACGUCGAAGUUAUACUUGUUUGGCUUUGAAAAAGGCAAAAUAAUUUUUUUGGGGUUGUUAGAGUUUGAUCUUACUCAUCAAAGCCUUAUUCCUUCGCGAGACCCCGGAAUCGAACCAACCCCCAAAAGAAUAUCGAGCGGAUGCUUUAUCCACUCGGCUAACCGAACCACUGGACACCGCUCUUCUUUUCCGAGGGAAGAGAAAGAGGAAGUUUUUGUGGAACUUUCGGUCGAUUUUACUCGUCGGCCGGGCUUAUUCCGCAGCUGGAAAAUGGCUCUUUUUACCAAAGUUGACAUGCUCUAUCCACCUGUACUAGUCAUUUUCCCAAACGCUGGGGGAAGUUCAGACCAUUCCCUCGUAAGCUUCAGUUAAGAAACGAUGUCCAGAAUUCGCAAUCCUUCUCGAUUACAAAUUAGAAGAACUCCAUUUCCCCUCCGACUUAAUGAACCGUCUAAUUUCAGGAUUGAACGGAAGUUUGGUCAGCACGACCCGAAUCUCUCGGCGUCGACAGAGAACGUCGCUCCCGUGAGUAAUCAGUCCACCCACUCCAUUCCUGAAUCAACGGAGUUCGGGACUGAGCCGCAGCAAGCCUACAGAAGCUUGAUUGACAAUCAGGGCUAUCGAUCUUUGCUGCCUGAUCUCGAGGAGCAGAGACAAGUCGAGUUUGAGAGGCAGAAGAGAUUAGAAUUGGAGGAAAAAUUUAGGUGAGUUCUCUGAUAAUUUUAGUUUUGUAAUUGUAGUAGUUUGGGAGUACAUCGCCGGAUUUUCAUUGAUUACAAUGUCUAUAAAGUAAUAUGUUGGCCUUUUUAGAGAUUGGAAUCUCCAAUCCACAUUCAGCUCGUCCCCCGUUUCAUCGACUUCCACCAUUCAGCUUCAGACUUUCAAUAUGCCCAAGUCUAAGCCCACUCCUUUGCCCAGAGUUGAAAAAGAAAGGGAACGGUCAUCGCCUGUCAUCACAACGCUUCCAUCCCGAGAAAACAUGUCCCAUUCUUCUUCUGACUCUGCCAAUGGAUCUGUCCUCUCCACAAACGACUCUUUCUCCUCCUUAAAUCAAUCAAUGGAUCAGCCCCCUCCUCUCCCCCCGGCAUCUCAUAAACCCAUGCUUCAAGUGCAUCCUCUACCGGUCCCUCGAUCUCGUCCCCAACCUCCGCCCAUCCCGGAGAAACCCAAGAAUCUCCAAGUGUCCAAGUUUAACACGCUCAACAGUUUUUCCUCAGAUUUGGGAAGUGAGAAGAGCUCAAAUUCAUCAAGCCAAGCGUCCUUUAGUUUGGAUCCGGAGGGAGUAACUUACAGUAUGGACGAUGAUUCUUUGAAUAAGUUGGAGAAAGUCAGAGUUGAGGUAAGUGAACUAACCCUUUUUUUGAAUUUUCGUUAAAAAAUUUAAUAAUUUUCAUCUUCUAAUUUUAGCGCUUAAAAACCCUCUACAAAUUAGUCAGCGGCCGAUUAGACGAUCUUCAGAAUGUUCAACAAGAAAAAUCAAAGAAUACCGAACUUUUCCAACAAAUUGUCAAUAUUGCACAAGAUCGGAAUGUCCCAACAGCACCAUUCGUCCGUUUUAUCAAACGAUUCGAGAUGGUCUACGAAGUUCAGACUCGGUUGAUGAUCAAUAAACAGAACCUUGAAAACAAGAUUGAAGAUUCGAAAGACGAGGAAUUUAUAAAGCCAUUGAUUGAAAGGAACGAACAGAAUCUGAGGGACAUGGAGAAACUGGUGGACGAGUUGGAUCAGACAUUCCAGUCGUUGGAUGGGCAGUUGUGUCAAGUCCUGGAACAAGAGGAGCACGAGAUCUGGGUGUUCUUUGUGAGAACGCUAUACUCGCUGAUUGCUGAGGAGUCGAGUAUUCAGAGCAAAGUCAGAUUGGUUUAUGAGCAGAUUAGGAAGUUGGAGAACUUUUCUGUAAGUAUUUUCAAUUUUAAAAGAAAGACUUGCUCUUCUCGUAUUGUAAUUCACAGGGGAAGUACUUCAAGUGUGACGCUCAGAUUUUUUUUAAAUUUUGCACGCACAUCGGGUAUGGACUAAAUAUCAAUUCCUGAAAGUUUUAGCUCGCGCUUUGCGGGCGCCGCCGAGAUAUCGAACGAUCUUUGCCGCCGAGAGAGCACGCUCAACGUGGAGAGCGGUCAGAGAGAAAACCGUUUUUUGGCCAUAACUUUGGCAGUUUCGUGCGGAAAAAUUUGAUUUUUUGUAGAAACAUUAUCCUUUACAGUUGAAAUAGGCAUGAAACUUUUCGUGCCGAAAUUCGGCAAAAAGUCCUAAAAUUUCGCCGACUUUCGAUCUAAAAAUCUCGGUUGUUUCUGCAAAGCGCGAGCUAGGAUUCCCGCAUAUAUCUUAGAAAAAAUUAUUCUAAAUUUGUGCCAAGUUUCAUCAAAAUCUGAGCGUCACACUUCAAGUACUUCCCUUGUCAGUUAGACUUGAUGUCAAAUUUUAAAAUUUCUUUUUCAGUUCAACCAGAUCAUCAAGACCCGGAUAACUCCUUCUUUAUCCCAGUCAACACAAACCAAGUCAUCUCUGUCUUUAGGCGGGUUAAAUAUCAGCCAAUUGCUAUCAAAUUCACCGACGGUUUCCACCGAGAUUUCCACGUAG